CACAAUUUCAAUCUUUACUUUUAUUGCAGAAAAAAUCCAAAAACGUUUGCAUUCGAUCAUUGUUUUUAUUCGGUCGACCCCCACAGGGAAGAUUACGCAUCUCAAGAGGUAGUGUUUGAAUGUCUUGGUAGGGACAUUUUAGACAAUGCAUUCCAAGGUUAUAACGCUUGCAUUUUUGCCUACGGCCAAACUGGUUCUGGUAAAUCGUACACGAUGAUGGGUUCGCAAGAUAAAAACGGGAUUAUCCCGCGAUUAUGCGAUUCCCUAUUUGAGUUGAUCUCACAAAAACAAAAUUCUGAAUUGACGUAUAAAGUGGAAGUGAGCUAUAUGGAGAUAUAUAACGAGAAAGUUCACGAUUUACUCGACCCGAAAACAAAUAAACAAUCACUAAAGGUGCGCGAACACAACGUAUUAGGACCCUACGUUGAUGGGCUCUCACAAUUGGCUGUAACGUCAUUCAAAGACAUUGAAACUUUAAUGGCCGAGGGUAAUAAGUCUCGAACGGUUGCUUCGACGAACAUGAACAGCGAAUCGUCUCGAUCUCACGCCGUUUUUACGGUCAUUUUAACGCAAACUUUAACCGACGUCAAAACUGGCGUUUCCGGCGAAAAACAAAGCCGACUCUCGUUAGUCGAUUUAGCCGGAUCGGAAAGGGCUGUGAAAACUGGCGCGGUGGGCGAACGAUUAAAAGAAGGCUCAAACAUAAAUAAAUCAUUAACAACCUUGGGACUAGUUAUAUCCAAAUUAGCCGAUCAAGCUACGUCUACGAAAAAUCGAGACAAAUUCGUACCCUAUCGCGAUUCCGUGUUAACGUGGCUCUUAAAAGACAACUUGGGAGGUAACAGCAAAACCGUUAUGGUCGCCACCAUAUCCCCCGCUGCCGAUAAUUACGAAGAAACAUUAUCUACCUUAAGAUACGCAGAUAGAGCUAAAAGAAUCGUUAAUCACGCCGUGGUUAACGAAGAUCCUAAUGCUCGCAUUAUCAGGGAAUUACAAGAGGAAGUUGCUGCUUUAAAAGAAAUGUUGAAACAUGCUACAGGUUCUCCUGUAGAAGACAUUCAAAGAGUAAAUAUUCAUCAAAAACUAAGCGAAAGUGAAAAACUUUACAAAGAGAUGUCUCAAACCUGGGAAGAAAAAUUAAUGAAAACAGAACGGAUACAAAACGAAAGACAACAAACUCUAGAAAAAAUGGGAAUAAGCAUUCAAGAUUCGGGUAUAAAGGUGGAAAAAAAUAAAUUUUAUCUAGUUAAUUUAAAUGCUGAUCCAUCCCUAAAUGAAUUAUUAGUUUAUUAUUUAAAAGAAAGAACCGUCGUUGGAGCUACCGGACGUGGAGCUGAAGGUGAACCGGACAUCCAACUUUCUGGGUUAGGAAUUCAACCGGAACAUUGUUUAAUUACCAUAGAAGAUGGAUUAGUUUUUAUGGAACCGUUUUCCAACGCUCGAUCGUACAUAAAUGGUUCCCAAAUUGUUAAAAAAACGCAAUUAAGACACGGCGAUCGAAUCGUUUGGGGUAAUCACCAUUUCUUUAGGGUGAAUUGUCCCAAAUCGAUUGUUUCAACAUCGGAGCCGCAAACUCCAGCCCAAAAUAUCGAUUAUAAUUUUGCGCGCGACGAAUUAAUGUUAAACGAAUUAAGUAAUGAUCCGAUUCAAGCGGCGAUUUCGCGGUUGGAAAAACAACACGAAGAAGAUAAACAAGUUGCGUUGGAGAAACAGCGCCAAGAAUACGAACGACAAUUUCAACAGUUAAGAAACAUCAUGUCUCCAUCAACUCCAUAUCCGCCGUAUUCUUAUGACCCCCUUCGAUUCGGUAAGAAUACACCAUGCACACCAACGACUCAAAUGCGCGUUGAAAAAUGGGCGCAAGAACGAGACGAAACGUUUAGAAGAAGUAUUAACGAAUUGAAAUCGGGAAUUUUAAAAGCAAACGCUUUGGUACAAGAAGCUAAUGUUCUCGCAGAAGAAAUGGAUUUGUACGCGAAAUUUAGUGUCACUUUACAAAUUCCGCCGGCUAAUUUAAGCCCGAAUAGAAAGAAAGGUGCGUUUGUAAGUGAACCGGCUAUUUUGGUGAAACGCGAGAACUUUGCGAGCCAAAUAUGGAACAUGGAAAAGUUGGAGAAUAAAUUAAUCGAUAUGCGGGAAAUGUAUGAUGAGCAAAAAGACAAAGAUAAUAGUCUUAAAGAUUCCAUUUUACAAUCUCAAGCUUAUAAAUUGAACGAUUUGUUUGAGUCCCAAGAAAAUCAUAAUCUUAUUGGUGUUGCUAAUGUGUUCUUGGAGUGUCUUUUUGCGGACGUCGUUUUGGAUUAUCACACACCGAUUAUUAGUCAACAGGGUGAAGUUUCUGGGAGAUUACAGGUGGAAUUAAGUAGGAUAUCGGGAAUAUUACCGCAAGAUCGAGAUGGCGAAGCUGCAUCAAACACCUCUGAUCUUGCAUCAAGCGAAGAAGACGAUGAUACAUCAGAAUCAUCGGAAAUAACAGUCCGCGUACACAUUAAACAAGCAUCCGGUUUGCCAUUAUCGUUAUCAAAUUUUGUUUAUUGUCAGUACACGUUUUGGAACGAUAGACAGUCUGAACCCAUAGUGUUACCCCCUCUGGAACCGGAACCUCACUCCGGAAAUGCUUUACGCGGCCAUAAAGAUUCAAUGACGUUCAAAUUUGAUCACAUCAAAGAAUUUACUGUACCUAUAACCGAAGAAUUUUUAGAACAUUGUACUGAAGGUGCUUUAUCGAUCGAAGUGUGGGGACAUCGCAGUCCGGGAUUUUCCAGGAGUAAACCUGGGUGGGAAGUUGAGCAACUCACCGAACAAAAAUUAACGAAAGCCCGCUCGUUAGCGGAUCGUUGGUCGGAAUUAACAAGAAAAAUUGAAUUAUGGGUUGAAAUACAAGAAUUGAACGAUAUUGGUGAAUACGUACCGGUUGAAGUGAGCAAUAAAGGCGAUGUUUUAACCGGUGGGGUUUAUCAAUUACGUCAAGGCCAACAGCGCAGAAUCCAAGUCCGCGUUAAACCGGUUCAAAAUUCCGGAACACUUCCGAUUAUUUGUCAAACGAUUUUAAAGAUUGAAGUUGGUAGUAUAACAGUUAGAUCGCGUUUACAAAAGCCAUUAGAUUCGUAUCAAGAGGAAGACUUGACGGUUUUGCGCGAAAAAUGGAGCGACGCUUUAAAACGGCGUAAAGAUUAUUUGGAUCAACAAAUAAAAAAGUUGUUGGAUAAAUCCGACAAAUCCGAGCAAGAUAAAGAAAGGGAACAAAGUCUUGUCGAUCAAUGGAUUAGUUUAACCGAGGAACGAAACGCGGUUCUUGUUCCAACACCCGGUUCCGGAAUUCCUGGCGCACCAGCCAUUUGGAAUCCACCCGCGGGAAUGGAACCCUACGUCCCGGUUUUAUUCCUCGACUUAAACGCCGACGAUUUAACAACCAACCAAUCAGGCGAAUCCGUUUCGACAACCGGAAAAAACUCGAUCCUUUCCAAGGAAAUGGGCAACAUGUUCUACCCACUACACAUAUUACAACAUUUAGAAAAAGACGUUUGCGCCGUCGCAUCGUGGGAUUCAUCAAUACACGAUAACGUACAUCUCAACAAAGUCACGGACGCCAACGAUCGCGUUUAUUUGAUUUUGAGAAUAACAAUUCGUCUAUCGCAUCCCGCCCCUAUGGAGUUAGUACUUCGAAAAAGAAUCGCUUUAAAUAUUUAUAAGCGACAAAGUAUUACGGAUCGAUUAAAACGGAGAAUUAUUCGCACGGAUGUUAUUACGCAUACGGGUGUUACGUAUGAAUUAGUUUCUAACAUUCCAAAAGCGAGUGAAGAACUUGAAGAUCGAGAAUCUUUAGCGCAAUUAGUUGCUUCUGGAGAAGAUACUUCUUUAGAAGAUGGUGAAACAUAUAUUGAAAAAUAUACAAGAGGAGUGAGUGCAGUUGAAAGCAUCUUAUCACUGGAUAGGUUGCGACAGAGUGUAGCAGUGAAGGAACUUCAACAAGCUAAAGGACAACCGCUGAUGAGGAAAACGGCAAGCGUACCAAACUUUUCUCACUUCAUGCGGAUGGACAUGAGCACGGAAUCACUAAACAUAUCACGAUCGGAGAGCGUCAAUGAAUUGAAUAGCGACAUUUUGGGCAACACGACACCGUUACGACCACGCACAGGUGGCGCUUUAGGCUCCAUUCUUUCAGCCCGGCCGACGUUCCUAAAUCUGAAUUUGAAUCUGAACUCGCUGCGUAUACAGCAGCCUACAGGAACAACAAAACUUUUUUCCGGGAUGGUAUCCCCAGCUAAUCAAAAAAUUGGUUUGCGGAUGACCACGCUUCAUGAAGAGCAAGUCCCAUUACCAAGAAAACAUUCUUUGGAUCUCAUCGCAGACGAAAGCUCCGAGACUGAAGAUAACGAAAGUCAGGAAUUUACAAGUUAUCAGCGUUCGCAUCGUAGUGCAAAAUCAACACAAGAAGGACGUCGCUCGAUGACAACUUCGCGCACUUUAGACUCGUUGGUAGAGUUGGCACCGAAAAUAACAGGUACCCCAAGCACAAGUUCCAGUGGUUAUGGUUCCCAAACUGUCUCAUCUAGCAAUUUGACUCUUGAUGAUUCGAUGUCUUUGAAGAGUGUGAGCGUUGAUAACACCCCGGAUUUUGAAAUGCGCCACACCGCCGUCAACUUGGAGUCCGUUACGGAAGUCUCCGAUCGAAUCCCCUCGGAUCCCGAUUUAUUUGAAAGCUCCAUUAAUGAGGAACCAUCGUCGGAUGGCUCUUUCCAAGCGAUGAAUGGGAAUUAUAACAACGUUACGGAGGAGACUAAUGCGCAAGUUGGUGGAGGGGUUGUUAAAGUGAAUUUGUCACCUGGAAGGGUAGUCCGGAGGGUGAAGAAAAACGGCAAAGGUAUAGGUACUAAUCAACAGAGGGCGUCUUUUCCCCAGAUCCGUCCGCAAUUAACUGAUCAAGAAAGUGUGUUAAGUGAAGACAGUUUUCACAGCUCAAACGAUAAAAUAGAAGAUGUUGGUGAUAAUAAUUUUGGUUCCCGUCCCGAUCUCACAAAACUAGCCGAUGUACCAGUUCCCGAGUGGGUGGUAGUCGGCGAAAGUAUCCUAAUUCGUCCUUACAACUCGUCCGGAGUCGUUGCAUACAUUGGAGAAACGGAAUUCGCUAAUGGCACGUGGGUCGGCGUCGAAUUAGACGCCCCGAAAGGAAAAAAUGAUGGCACCGUGCAAGGUGUUAAGUAUUUCACGUGCAAACCAAAACAUGGCAUGUUUGUUCGAGCCGAUAAAUUGAUCCUCGAUCGCAGAGGUCGACCCAUGAGGAUGUAUAAAUCUGAAAGUAUUAAUAACGGAAAACAAAACAGUAAAGGUGAAACGUUACCAAGAUCAAAAUCUAGAAGUGACGGCCUCCACACAAAGUUGAAAUAAAUAUAAUUAAUUAAAAAAAUCCACGAUAUCCGCCCCUCUAAAGAAAUCAUGCACACUCACAUAAACACCACCCCUCCUUAACGUAUGUAGUAUACGCCGUCCAUCAAAGAGUCCAUUGUCAAAAAAAGAAAAAUGUCCAAGCGUACGAGGUCUGUAUUCCGUUUGCUCUCCGCUUUAUUCGCUGCUAAAGCUUGGAAGAGAUAAAACCUUAAAGAUGGUUUUGUCUCGAAACAUCGAUGUGCUUAGGAUAGGAAGCUUUUUGUAAAUAAACGUGAGGACGACGUGCACGCGCCAAUUUCAUCGCCUCCAUCAUCCCCCUCGUCCCAAAAAAUCCCUUCCCUUAUAAUAAUAAAAUUUUAAAAAAUACCUAGAAGAGUCGUUUACGGUUCCGUUCAUUUACUUCGUUUUUACUGUAAGACUUAACGCAUGCAAUUUUACCUCUAGUCUGACGUUUCGUUGUUUGCUCAGUAACUUUUAGAAUUUUUUCGUUUUUUGUCGUAUUUUACGGCUUUCGUCGCCGCGAGUGGUAGUGAGAUAGAUGUAUCUUAACAAAAAUGGAAAAAAAAUCUUGUUUCAGUGGAUUUCUCUCAGCGUUUUUAGUAGCCUCGUAAUUCACAUUGACGUGUAUGUAAAUCUAUUUAUGAUACAAAGCAUAUACAUAUAAAUAUAUAUAUAUAUAUAAAUAAAAAAUGAAUAAAUAUAAAUAUUAAUCGUAUUGUAAUUGAUAAACGAUGCAACAUAUUGAUCAAGUGUUCGCAAAGGGUCGUUUUUAUAAUUUUUUUUUGUAUUUUUUGUUACCAAUUCGAUCACUCUCCACACACGCUUGAGACUACUGAAUAAAAAAAUAAUCUUUCUUAGCAAUAAUCGAAAAACAAGGAAUAAUAUCAGAUAUAUCAAAUUGAUCGAUACGUGUAUAUAAGUGAAUUUAACGAUUGGCAAUUUUUCUGUAUAUGUACUUACUAUUUUGCUCUGAAUGUUGCCGUUUUAGUAUUCUUUUUAUUUUACUCACGAUUAAAAAAAAAUAAAAUUAAGGUAAAUUUCGCUUUUACCAUUAAAAAAAGGGUGCUUAUAUUUAUGUAGCGUUUAAUGUAAAUCUUUAAUGUAAAUAUAUUUUAUAUUUUACACUUUACAUUUAUACUUAUUUUACGUAACUUAUUACUAUUUCGCAACUUAAUAAACUCGUUGUUGUAUACCAGUUGUACUAUUCAUAGUCAAUUUGUAUAUGUUGUUGUUUAUUUUCUAAUUAUUUUUUAAAACGAUUAUUAAUUAUUAAUUAAAUUAUGUGACAAACUAGCGUAAAAAAAGUUCUGUCGUAUUUUGUAGCAGUGGUACUAUGAGCAAUUAAAUGAAAAAGGCAGUUAAAUAUUUUAAAAA